AUGGGUGGCUUCACCACUAACGCCACAAUCAAGUCCUUUGGCGGGCGCUUCCUCAAGUUGUCGCACAGAGCCUUCCAAACCCGCUCGAACCAGAACUUCACUCUCUUCAUUCCGCCCGGUGCGUCCGUCGAGAACCCCGCCCCCCUCCUCGUCUAUCUGUCAGGCUUGACCUGCAGUCCCGACAACGUCACUGAGAAGGGCUUCCUGCAUGCCCACGCCGCGCCGCUUGGCCUCGCCCUGCUCUACCUGGACACCUCGCCGCGCGGCACCAACCUCCCGGGCGAGCACGACGCUGACGACUUUGGCAGCGGGGCAUCGUUCUACAUUAACUCCACACAGCAGCCUUGGGCGAAUCAUUACAGGAUGGAGGCAUAUAUCACCAGGGAGCUGCCGGCGCUGCUGGCCGAGUAUAUCAAGGAGCUAGAUAUGUCCCGUGUGUCUAUCGCCGGCCACUCGAUGGGCGGUCACGGUGCGCUCACUUUGUAUCUGAAGUAUCCGGGAAGGUAUAAGAGCGUCAGCGCCUGGGCCCCCAUCGCAAACCCGUCCAUCUGCCCAUUGGGCCAGAAGGCCUUUGAAGGUUACCUUGGCGAGGACCGUGAGGUGUGGAAGAAGCAUGACGCUACGGAGCUGGUCAAGAGCUGGAAGGGUGGGUCGCUGAACUGCCUGAUCGACGUGGGCACGGAUGACAACUUCUAUAAGCAGGGCCAGCUGCUUCCGGAGAACUUUGAAACGGCUGUUAAGGAGGCUGACCUAGAGGGACUCGAGCUUCGUUACCAGGAUGGCUACGAUCACUCCUACUUCUUCAUCUCCACCUUCGGCGCCGACCACGUCAAGCAUGCCGCCAAAGCCCUAGGUCUAAUUUGA